GGCCCCCUCCCCGGCAGUGUUCAGAGUAAGUGCCCGGAUGUUACGGCCCCCUCCCCGGCAGUGAGCUGAGCUGAAGCCGCUCCUCCUGUUCCGCGCUGCGGCUCUUCACUGCAGUGAGAUCCGUCACCGGGCCGUAACACGGACGCCUCGAGUCUCACACCCACAAGCGUUUGUUGUUGACCCCGGCAAAGCAAAACAAACCGAAGAAGUCGGAUUCGGUGACACAAGAACAACAAUAACACAAUAAUAAUAACAACAAUAAAAUAACGAAGACAAAAUGGGAAAUGAAGCAAGUUACCCUUUGGAGAUGUGCUCGCACUUCGAUGCUGAUGAGAUUAAGAGACUAGGCAAGAGGUUUAAGAAACUCGACCUGGAUAACUCCGGCUCUCUGAGCGUGGAAGAGUUCAUGUCCUUGCCCGAGCUCCAGCAGAACCCGCUGGUCCAACGAGUCAUCGACAUAUUCGACACGGACGGGAACGGCGAGGUGGAUUUUAAAGAGUUCAUCGAGGGCGUGUCCCAGUUCAGCGUCAAAGGCGACAAGGAGCAGAAACUGCGCUUCGCGUUCCGGAUCUACGACAUGGACAAGGACGGCUACAUAUCCAACGGCGAGCUCUUUCAGGUGCUCAAGAUGAUGGUGGGCAACAACCUAAAGGACACACAGCUGCAGCAGAUUGUGGACAAGACCAUCAUCAACGCCGACAAGGACGGAGACGGCAGGAUAUCCUUCGAGGAGUUCUGUGCGGUUGUCGGCGGUUUAGACAUUCACAAAAAGAUGGUGGUGGAUGUGUGAAUGGAUGGACGCCCCCUUUCACCAAACCUCCCUCUCUCCCUCUCUCUCCCUCUCUCCCUCUCUCUCUCUCUCUCUGCCCUUCUCUUACUGUUCCUCUCUCUGAUUCUCUGUGCUCUCCUCCACAACUGAGAAUCCGCUCGCAGUGUCCAGCUCUAAGCUCCCCUUCACUCGCGCUCCUCUUUCAACGUUUCUCAUCGCUUACACAGAAGUAUUUUAUUUCGUGACCACACCGACCGACAACCCUGAACCCCUGCCCACUUCUUAUUUUCACGUCUCAAGAAGCCAAUCUUCGGAAGUGUUAUCAAGGACAACGCCGACUAUCUGUUUUUUUUGUUGUUGUUUUUUAGUGUAGGAUUCAGUAGAAGACACGGCUUUCGGACACUGGGCAAGCAUUUCAGUUUGGUGGAGAAAGGGGGAACUUGUGUGUGUGUGUAGGGUGUGUGUGUGUCUGUUUCUUUUUCAUUUUUGAAGGGGGGACAUUUUUUUUGUAUAUUUAUUUUGGUCGCCUGUGUGUGUUUGUUUUAAUUUUUUUUUUUUAAUAAGGAUGCAGAUGUACAAGGAGCGUCUCGUCGUUUGUUACGCAACACGACAUACUUUUCAUCACGGCGUGCAGAUAAGAGCAUGAAGUGCCAAUCAAAACCGAAUCCAUGCGAUUUUUCUUAUUAAAAGCUGAUAAAUAAAUUAGAGAUGAAUGUAGGAAAAAUCUCUCUCCGCCGAUCGGCUCUGCACAGAAUCCAUCAGCACACGUUCACCAAGCGGUUACAGACGAUCCGUUUCACAGGUUCUCCUGCUUCAGAUAACGCGCAACGACGGGAAGCUGUAACGGUUUGUAAUAAGACGAGCGUGCGCUCGGGUGCGAGAGCGUGUGAGCGAGAUGUUUAUAUUGUUCAGGUGUUCAUAUUUAUAUAGUACUUGCUUUUCCAGUCUCCAGCGUAGAUUCAAAUAAACACAAAGUUCACCACAUACACAGAGUUACUUUGAGUGCUGAUGAGAUUAUAAUCAGCACAUAAGGAUCAGAAUGGGUUUUAGUUUCCCCACGUGACCGUCGGCAGCGCUGUAAAGUCGUGAAGUCGUGACUCGUUUUUGUUUGUUAUUAGAGCGGACGUAGAGUCGCGAAGUCGAGCUGUUAGCGUUUCGUGUCCGCCGUCGCCUCCGAGGACGCGGCUAAGCCGAGCGCGUGUUCACGUUUCAUUCGCUGCUUUUCAUUUCCAGCUACAUGCAACCCUCAGGACUGACGUUAAAAGAAGGCGAAAUCCUGCCUAUGUUCUGAACCGCAAACCUGCGUCUGUUAAACUAAUACACAGCAGAGCUCAGCGCUGAAGGACGGACGUUAAGAUGCAUGCUUCAUACACGAGUCUCAAAAAGUCUCAAAUCACACACUGGCGCUGUGUACUUUCAGGUGAGUUUGUUUGUGAGGCUCAGUGAUGGAGAUGCGUUCACUCGUAACGUUCCAACGCCAACCAGCAACUUCAGAUUCCGGGUCAGGAAGGUGAAGCUGGCUGUCGAAGCAUCUUUACAGCGAGUGUUAUUGGGUCGUCGUCGUCCUACUUUCUAGCUCGAACGCACUAAGCCCAAGAUUGCGCUUCGUUCGCAGUGUGUUACACGUCACAUGAGCAGCAGUUUGAGAUGCGGUCGGCUACUAAAGUGUCGAAUAUAGCUACAGCUAGCGUUACUCAUCUGGUUACACCGAGUCAUCCGUGUCGCUAAUCGCAACUCGGGAGUUAGCGCCAACUCCACAGUGCUAGCUUAGAGGUUUCCAUGGAGACAAGGGGACUGUUUAUUCAGUCAGAAAGCAUUUAGUAUACAAGUAUGUGAUUUGAGACUUUCAAUUGUUUUCCUCGACCUGAUUGAUUUCACUUUGGCAUCAAAUCCAUCAACAGACACAGCAACACAGAUGCUGGAAAAUCAAACUAAAUGUGACUGUUUGAGUUACGAGGUUUCUGCAGAGCACUGGCAGCAAAUCAGUUAGCAUUAGCGCUACUUAUCGCUUUUUUGGGAUUAUAACCUGUCACCUUCUAGAUGACCACAAGGACGCGCUCUCGCUCUCUCUCUCUCGGUCUGUCUGUCUGUCUCUCUCUCUUUCUCCUCGUCACGCGCACGUCUGCUGUUUUUUUCUAAACCUUGCGACCUGCGUUUUCCCAAAAAAAAAAGAAAAAAGAAAAAAAUAGACCUUUAGCGGUCUGGUGAUGUGCUUUGCAUGAAACGGGCGGGUGUCUUUCUUUUCUCUGUGCAUGUAGGUCCGACUUUUGGGGAAAAACCAAUCCUCUUGUUUACAUAAUGAAUUGUAAGAAUUGAUAUUAUAUGAAUGACAGUUGCAUAUAAAUAUAUGGAUGUUGCCAAACUUUUUUUGGUAAAUGUUUUAAAUAUGGAAAUGGCAAACUUACUCCACUACAUCAUAUAUCCAUACUUAUAGUAACCAGAAUAUAAAAAUCAGAAAAAUUAGUGUCACAUCAAGCGAAGCUUCACUGGGGCCUGCGGAAGCUGCAGAAACCGGAUCCUGCGAUUCGGGUUCUUUUCUUUUUUUUCUUUUUUUCUUUUUUUUUUCAGUUCCUGAUUUGAAUUGUUUUGUACAGACUUUUGUUAUUUACUUGUGUUACAGUUAGCGCUUCUUUGCUUUCGAUUCAGUGCUUUCUAUAGCUUUCUUUCGGGGAUUGGUCAGUUUGUUACCUCGUAUGAUGAUAUUAUGAUGGUGGUGGGGUUGGGGGGGACUUUUCAGUCUUAGGAUUUUUGUUCAGAAAAUAAAAAUUUUUUUUGUUUGUUUGGGCCUCUUCAUCUCUGCAUGCUGCGUCAUAUGCUGUGGGAACCAUUGAAAUACCACUCAUAACAAUGAGAAAUAAAACAUUUGAACCUCGUAAAA